CGCCCAUUUAAUGUGGUUUGAAAGGCUCUAUGUUUGGCUUCAGUGUUUUGAAAAAUAUAUCCUGUACCCAGCAAUAAUUCUGAACGCCCUCACGAUUGAUGCCUUUCUGAUAAGCAAUUACCGGAGACUCGGUACCCACUGGGACAUCUUCCUGAUGAUCAGCGCCGGCAUGAAGCUGCUGCGGACCUCCUUCUGCAACCCGGUUCACCAGUUCGUCAACCUGACCUUCACCGUCAUCUUUUUCCACUUUGACUACAAGGAUAUUUCCGAGAGUUUCCUGCUGGAUUUCUUCAUGGUGUCCAUUUUAUUUAGCAAGCUCAGGGAGCUGCUUCAGAAGCUGCAGUUCGUCAUGACCUACGUGGCUCCCUGGCAGAUGGCUUGGGGUUCUUCGUUUCACGUGUUCGCCCAGCUCUUUGCAAUCCCUCAUUCUGCCCUGCUUUUCUUUCAGACGUUUGCCACGUCCGUGUUUUCCACUCCACUGAGCCCAUUUCUUGGGAGUGUGAUUUUCCUCACAUCGUAUGUCAGGCCGGUGAAAUUCUGGGAGAAAAACUACAAUACAAGGCCAGUGGAUAAUUCCAACACGAGGCUGGCGGUCCAGAUCGAAAGGGAUCCAGGGGGCGAUGACAACAACCUCAACUCCAUCUUCUACGAGCACCUGACCAGGACCCUGCAGGAGUCCCUCUGCGGAGACCUGCUCCUGGGUCGCUGGGGUAACUACAGCGCCGGCGACUGCUUCAUCCUGGCUUCAGACGACCUCAACGCCUUUGUCCACCUGAUCGAAAUCGGAAAUGGUCUUGUCACCUUUCAACUCCGGGGGCUGGAAUUCCGAGGAACCUACUGCCAGCAGAGAGAGGUGGAGGCCAUCCUGGAGGGCAACGAGGACGACAGGGGCUGCUGCUGCUGCCAGGCGGGCCACCUGCCCCACCUGCUGUCCUGCAACGCCGCCUUCCACCUGCGCUGGCUCACCUGGGAGAUCACGCGGACACAGUACAUCCUGGAGGGCUAUAGCAUCCUAGACAACAACGCGGCCACCAUGCUGCAGGUGUUUGACCUCCGCAGGGUCCUCGUCCGGUACUACGUCCAGAGCAUAAUAUACUAUAUGGUAACAUCCCCCAAACUCCUCUCCUGGAUCAAAAAUGAAUCGCUUCUGAAGUCCCUGCAACCCUUUGCCAAGUGGCAUUACAUUGAGCGUGACCUUGCGAUGUUGAACAUUAACAUCGACGAUGACUACGUCCCGUGCCUGCAGGGGAUAACACGUGCCAGCUUCUGCAACGUGUAUCUAGAGUGGAUCCAGUACUGCGCUCGGAAGAGACAGGAGCCUUCACAGACCCUGGACUGUGACGAGGACUCCGCUCUGGUGACACUGUCCUUUGCCCUGUGCAUCCUGGGGAGGAGAGCUCUGGCAGCAGCAGCUCACAACAUGGCCAUCAGCCUGGACUCCUUCCUGUACGGUCUCCACGCCCUCUUCAAAGGUGACUUUCGGAUAACGGCACGAGACGAGUGGGUGUUUGCUGACAUGGACCUGCUGCACAAAGUCGUUGCUCCUGCUGUGCGGAUGUCCCUGAAACUUCACCAGGACCAGUUCACCUGCCCCGACGAGUACGAGGACCCGGUGGUCCUGUACGACGCCAUCCAGUCUUUCGAGGGGAAGGUGGUGAUCUGCCACGAGGGGGACCCGGCCUGGAGGGGCGCGGUGCUGUCCAACAGGGAGGAGCUGCUCACGCUGCGGCACGUGGUGGACGAGGGUGUGGAUGAGUACAAGGUCCUCAUGCUGCACAGAGGCUUCCUGAGCUUCAAGGUGAUCAAGGUCAACAAGGAAUGCGUGCGGGGACUCUGGGCCGGGCAGCAGCAGGAGCUCAUCUUCCUCCGCAACCGCAACCCCGAGCGCGGCAGCAUCCAGAACAACAAGCAGGUCCUGCGCAACCUGAUCAACUCCUCCUGCGACCAGCCCCUGGGGUACCCCAUGUACGUGUCCCCGCUGACCACGUCCUACCUAGGCACCCACAGGCAGCUGAAGGACGUCUGGGGCAGAUCGGUCACUCUGGAUGGCAUUAGGACGUGGUUCCGGACCAAGUGGCUCAGAGUGCGGAAGGACUGCAGUGCCGGCCAGCAUGGCGGGGGCAACAUCGAAGACGUGGACGGAGGCAGGGGCCCGUCGGCGGGCGGCAACCAGGAGAGCAGCACGGAGCAGCCCAGGACAGGUGGCUCCCAGCGCUGGGCCUCACCCCGGGAAGGGACACCUAGGACAGGUGGGUGUGGUGGGGCCACAAGGUCACUCAUAAAGGCCCAUCUGGUCCCAUGAGCAAUGCCGUGGGUGUGCUGCUGUUCUAACCUGAGAGCUCCUUCUUGCAAUAAAAACCAGCAC